CAAUCAGGCUCCGGGAUUCCGCCACCAAAACACUCUCGCUCUGAAUGGAGGCGAAAGCAACUUCAUUCUCAUUAGAACCUUCAGAUUGCUGGAAACUCCGAUAGAAGUUAGUUUUGGCACAAGGACACUUACAGAGUUAGAGAGCUGAGACUUCACUGCUUCCGAUCGUUCGCAGGCAGAACAGGGCCCACCUCCGAAGCUACUCCAUGUAAGGAACUAUUGCUUGAAUCACUUGCUCAUUUAGUCAAACGUUUCAAGGUUGUCCUUUUUGGCAAGAAGCAAAAUGGUGGCUCCUCUGGUUAUCAAGCAAAUUUCUCACAACCUCGUCAAAGUCCCCAAGGCUUUUAAUAGUGCUGUUGGACCUAACUGGAAUUUCGCACAUGCUAACAGAGACGCCAGGUUGCCCAUCGAGGGUCAGAGCCGAGUGCAGAGUCUCUACCUACGUGAUGCAUGUAAAAAUAUACAAGAUCUGCCUUGUCCCGCAGCAAAUCUUCCGUCCCAUACAGUCACAGAAACUGUUGCUGUCUCCCCAAAGCCACCAAGAGCUUGUGACAAGUCGGAUUGUUCAGAAGGUAUCCAGGCCGCGACUGGUUUAGGGGCCAAGAGAAAAGCAGAUGAACAGUGUCAAGAUAAUGUGAAUAUCAAGCGAUGCAGAGCAACAGAAGGGUCAUGAGUUUAGGACUCGUUUCAUAGGAGAACGUAUCUCGGGGAAGUGUCACCUGGGCAAGAUGAGGGAAUGGCUUGUAUCAUCUACUGUCAUCUACUACUGAGUGUUUGCAGUAGUAGAUGACAGUGCAAUAGGGUUUUCUCUGAAAUUUUGGUUUAGUGCCAAAUAGGAGAAUUAAGUACUGUGAUUACUGUAUUCUGUUGUUUUUUAUAUUUCCCUGUUAGAUUUAGAAAUAGAUAGAUAGAUAGAUAGAUAGAUAGAGUAGAUUAGAAAUAAAUAUACAUAC